CCCGUGGCGCCGGCGGGGCGGCUGUAAACAGGCGCGAGGCGGCGGCGGCGGCGCUGAGGCGGGACGGGCCGCGCCGCGCUGCGCUGCGGGGCCAGGCCCGGCCCGGCCCGGCCCGGGGGAUGCGGGCCGCGCUCACCUGGCGCGACAGGGCCGAGCACUGUAUUUAUGAUCUUGCAUUCAAACCGGAUGGGACUCAAUUGAUAAUUGCUGCUGGAAAUAGACUGCUGGUAUACGAUACUUCUGAUGGAACCUUAAUUCAGCCUUUGAAAGGACAUAAGGACACGGUAUACUGUGUGGCUUAUGCUAAAGAUGGCAAACGUUUCGCAUCUGGCUCGGCUGAUAAAAGUGUGAUAAUUUGGACUUCAAAGUUAGAGGGAAUUCUGAAAUACACGCAUAAUGACUCCAUACAGUGCGUUUCAUACAAUCCUCUUACUCAUCAGUUGGCAUCCUGCUCCUCCAGUGAUUUUGGCUUGUGGUCUCCUGAACAGAAGUCGGUCUCUAAACAUAAAACUAGCAGUAAGAUUACUUGCUGUAGCUGGACAAAUGAUGGCCAGUACCUUGCUUUGGGGAUGUUCAAUGGCAUUGUCAGCAUAAGGAAUAAAAAUGGCGAAGAGAAAGUUAAAAUAGAGCGUACUGGGGGUGCUUCAUCUCCAAUAUGGUCAAUUUGUUGGAAUCCAUCCAGAAGGUGGGAGAAUUUUUGGAGUAGAGCAGAUGAACAAGAGGAGUCAGUUCACAGCUAUUUAGAUGAGAUACCAGUACUGAAAUCCAGGCCUGGCAGUAGGCAGGAUAGUCAGACAGAGGGAGAAGACAACCACGAGGAAGAAGAGACCUCUAUGGAUUUCAACUUAGAUGAACGCAAUGAUGUUUUAGCUGUGGCAGACUGGGGUCAGAAGCUUUCCUUUUACCAGCUUAGUGGCAAACAGAUUGGGAAGGACAGGAUCCUCAAUUUUGAUCCUUGCUGUGUUAGCUAUUUUACUAAAGGAGAGUAUAUUUUACUGGGAGGUUCAGAUAAACAAGUUUCCCUCUUCACGAAGGAUGGUGUGCGUCUUGGUGCCAUAGGAGAGCAAAGCAGUUGGGUGUGGACGUGCAAAGUUAAACCAGACUCCAACUAUGUCGCAGUAGGGUGCCAAGAUGGAACAAUAUCCUUUUAUCAGCUGAUUUUCAGCACCGUUCAUGGCCUUUACAAAGAUCGCUAUGCUUACAGAGACAGCAUGACUGAUGUUAUCGUCCAGCACCUCAUCACUGAACAAAAAGUUAGAAUAAAAGGCAGAGAGCUUGUAAAGAAAAUUGCCAUCUACAAAAACAGAUUAGCAAUCCAGAUGCCAGAGAAAAUCUUGAUUUAUGAGUUAUACUCGGAUGAUUCUUCAGAUAUGUAUUAUCGGGUGAAGGAAAAGAUAGUAAAAAAAUUUGAAUGCAACUUGCUGGUUGUAUGCUCAAAUCACAUUAUUUUAUGCCAGGAGAAAAGGUUGCAGUGCCUCUCAUUUAGUGGCAUUAAAGAACGAGAAUGGCUGAUGGAAUCUCUUAUUCGUUAUAUUAAAGUAAUUGGAGGACCUCCAGGAAGAGAAGGCCUCUUAGUUGGUCUAAAGAAUGGUCAGAUUCUGAAGAUAUUUGUCGAUAAUGUCUUCGCGAUCGUCCUGUUGAAGCAGUCCACAGCUGUGCGCUGUCUGGAUAUGAGUGCAUCCCGAAACAAGCUGGCAGUGGUUGAUGAAAAUGAUACCUGCCUAGUAUAUGAUAUUCAUACCAAAGAGCUGUUGUUUCAGGAACCCAAUGCUAAUAGUGUGGCUUGGAAUACACAGUGUGAGGAUAUGCUUUGCUUCUCUGGAGGGGGUUACCUCAAUAUCAAAGCUAGUAACUUCCCUGUCCAUCAGCAAAAGCUUCAAGGCUUUGUUGUGGGUUACAACGGCUCCAAGAUCUUCUGUCUUCACGUUUUUUCUAUGUCAGCUGUUGAAGUUCCGCAGUCUGCACCCAUGUAUCAAUAUCUGGAGCGAAAAAUGUUUAAAGAGGCCUAUCAAAUUGCGUGUUUAGGAGUAACUGAUACUGACUGGAAAGAACUGGCCAUGGAAGCCUUAGAAGGGCUGGAGUUUGAAACUGCUAAAAAGGCAUUUACGAGGGUACGAGACCUUAGAUAUUUAGAAUUGAUCAGCAGCAUAGAGGAGCGGAAGAAGCAUGGAGAAAACAACAAUGAACUCUUCCUAGCAGAUGUCUAUGCCUACCAGGGAAAAUUCCAUGAGGCAGCGAAGUUGUACAAAAAGAGUGGACAUGAAAACCUAGCUCUCGAUAUGUACUCUGAUUUACGCAUGUUUGACUACGCAAAGGAUUUUCUGGGAUCUGGGGACCCCAAAGACACAAAGAUGCUCAUAAAAAAACAAGCAGAUUGGGCCAAGAAUAUCAAUGAACCAAAAGCAGCAGUGGAGAUGUACCUCUCUGCAGGCGAGCACAUGAAGGCCAUAGAGAUCAGCGGGGACCAUGGCUGGGUUGACAUGUUAAUUGAAAUUGCUCGAAAACUGGAUAAAGCUGAGCGUGAGCCUUUGUCAAAAUGUGCCUUCUAUUUUAAGAAACUUGAUAACCCUGGCUAUGCAGCAGAAACCUACAUGAAGGUCGGUGACCUGAAAGCAUUGGUCCAUCUCCACGUGGAGACUCAUCGCUGGGAAGAAGCAUUUGCUUUGAGUGAAAAGCACCCUGAAUUCAAAGAUGAUGUCUAUGUCCCUUAUGCUCAGUGGCUGGCAGAGAAUGAUAGAUUCGAAGAAGCCCAAAAAGCAUUUCACAAGGCUGGCAGGCAGAGUGAAGCUGUAAGAGUGCUGGAGCAGCUAACACACAAUGCUGUGGUUGAAAGCCGAUUUAACGAUGCAGCCUAUUAUUAUUGGAUGCUUUCCAUGCAGUGUUUAGAUAUAGCCCAAGAGAAUGAACAACAGAAGAUUGAAAUGUUGCAGAAGUUUCAUCACUUCCAGCAUUUGGCAGAAGUUUACCAUGUCUAUCACUCUAUUCAAAGAUACACUGAGGAGCCGUUCAGUUUCCACUUGCCUGAAACACUCUUCAAUAUCUCCAGGUUUCUGCUUCACAGCUUAACAAAGGAAACUCCUUUGGGGAUCUCAAAAGUCAAUACAUUAUUUGCCCUGGCAAAACAGAGUAAAGCUCUUGGUGCAUAUAAACUGGCUCGUCAUGCCUAUGACAAGUUACAGGGACUGCAGAUCCCAGCGAGGUUCCAGAAAUCAAUUGAGCUGGGCAGCCUGACAAUCCGAUCCAAGCCAUUCCAUGACAGUGAAGAGCUUGUGCCCUUGUGUUACAGGUGCUCUACCAACAACCCUCUGCUAAAUAACCUGGGGAACGUCUGCGUUAACUGCAGACAACCUUUCGUCUUCUCUGCUUCUUCCUAUGAAGUACUGCAUCUGGUUGAGUUCUACUUGGAAGAUGGCAUCACAGAUGAAGAAGCUGUAGCUCUCAUUGAUCUUGAAGCUCCAAGGUUGAAUAAAAGAGAGAGUAAAUGGCAAGAGAUGAUGAGUGACCAUGCACAGAGCUUGAGGCUUGAUGACAAUGCAGAUAUUGAAGAUGAUGAUCCCUUUACAGCUAAACUGAGCUUUGAGCAAGGAGGCUCAGAAUUCGUUCCAGUGAUUGUGAAUCGAGCUGUUCUCCAGUCAAUGAGCCGGAGGGACGUCCUGAUCAAACGCUGGCCGAAGCCAUUGCGGUGGCAGUACUACCGCUCCCUGCUACCAGAUGCCUCCAUUACCAUGUGUCCGUCAUGUUUUCAGAUGUUUCACACAGAAGACUAUGAGCUUCUCGUACUCCAGCAUAAUUGUUGUCCGUUCUGUCGACGGAGAAUAGAUGAGUCAAACCAAUGAAGAAAAACAACCUUAUACCUCAACUGACAGAAUUCUCUAUUGGCUUGGCAAAACACUUAGAUUCGUAGAGUUUUCCUAACAACUUAGUUAAGUCAUCUUGUUCUAUUUUGUACAUAAGAGUGGAACUGAGUUGAAGAAAUGCAACUAUUUUUUUUUAAAUUGUUUGUGAAUGCCCUCUACAUUUCCCAGGCAAGCAGCUGAAGUGCCACAGAUUUUUACAGGGAUGUUUCUAGGGUCAAGUUCAGCCUUCAAGUAAUCGUUUUUAUUCCAACUUGUGCUAGGGCUUGGUUUGCUUCUUAAUAUGUACCUGUUAUUGACAGAUCUCCAAAUAAAUGGGACUAUUUUUCACUA